AUGUGGAAAAUAUGGAAGCAAAUUCAUACUGGAGAGAGACCUUAUAAGUGUAAAGAAUGUGGCAAAGCCUUUAUUAAAAACACCCUUACUCAACAUCACCGAAUUCAUACUUGGGAUAGAUGUUAUAAAGGUACAGAAAGUGGCAAGGCCUUCAUUAAGGGUUCUAGUCUUACUAAGCAUCAGCGAAUGCAUACUGGGGAGAGACCGUAUGAAUGUACAGAAUGUGGCAAAACCUUUAAUCGGAAUUCAAUUCUUACUACACAUUUUCGAGUUCAUACUGGAGAGAAACCUUAUAAAUGUAAAGAAUGUAACAAAGCCUUUCAUCGUCCCUCACUUCUUACUCGACAUCAGCUAAUUCAUUCUGGGGAGAGACCGUAUAAAUGUAAAGAAUGUGACAAAGCCUUUAUUCAGUGCUCACAUGUUACUCAACAUCAGCGAAUUCAUACUGGAGAGAGACCUUAUAAAUGUACAGAAUGUGACAAAGCCUUUAGUCAUAGUAGUAAUCUCACUAAACAUCUGAGAACACACACUUGAGAGAAGCCCUAGUAAUGGAACAAGUGAUGGAAGACGUUUGCCCUAAACAUGCAUCAGAAAACACAAGAGUUUAUAUAAGAAACCAA